UUGAUAUGUGAACACUGUUUUAUGCUACGCGUGUUUUUGUUUAACUCGAAGAACUGCUGCAGCAGCAAUUAAGUUUAUUAAAUUGAAUUAAAAGAAAAUGCAAUUCCAUUUCAAAAUUGCCGAGCCGGAUCCCAAUGCACCAGCCGUCCAAAAUACCAACAAUCCCCAUAGUACACUGCAGCCGCAACAGCCUGCCGUGCUGACCGAGCCCAAAGAUGCCCAACACGAAAUUAAAUUACAAAACAUUGUGGCUACCUUUUCGGUGGACUGUGAACUCGACUUGAAGACCAUCAAUUCACGCACCCGCAACUCGGAAUAUACGCCCAAACGCUUUCGCGGCGUCAUCAUGCGCAUGCAUUCCCCCCGCUGCACGGCGCUCAUCUUUCGCACCGGCAAGGUGAUCUGUACGGGCGCCCGCAACGAAAUGGAGGCGAACAUUGGCUCCCGCAAGUUUGCGCGCAUCCUGCAGAAAUUGGGCUUUCCGGUCAAAUUUGUCGAUUACAAGCUGCAGAAUAUUGUGGCCACUGUCGAUUUGCGUUUUCCCAUACGCUUGGAGAAUCUGAAUCAGGUGCACGGCCAGUUUAGCUCGUAUGAGCCGGAAAUGUUUCCCGGUCUCAUCUAUCGCAUGGUCAAGCCACGCAUUGUCCUGCUCAUCUUUGUCAAUGGCAAAAUUGUGUUUACCGGCGCCAAAUCACGCAAGGAUAUCAUGGAUUGCCUGGAGGCCAUAUCGCCAAUCUUGCUUAGUUUUCGCAAAACGUAGACUUUAUUGUUGUUUGAUAUAAUUAAGGUACCCUAUAAUAUUUCUAAGUUUAAAUAGCAUUUAUCGAACAAGUCAACAAAAUAAUUUAUAAAUAUUU